AUGGAAUGCGCUGUUCUUGCAAGCCGUACUAAGAUUUAUAUUAUAUUGAAGUUCACGGGUGGUGAAUUGUUUGAUAUAAUUAUACUCCAUGGCCGCCUUAGUGAAGCUGACUCUAGAAGAUAUUUCCAACAGCUUAUUGACGGUCCUGAAAAUCUUUUACUUGAUUCACUAGGAAAUAUAAAGAUUUCCGAUUAUGGUUUGAGUGCAUUUCCUGAGCAGGGGGCGAGUAUCCUUCGGACAACUUGUGGGACAACUUGUGGGAGUCCGAACUAUGUGGCUCCUAAGGUACUCAGUCAUAAGGGUUACAACGGUGCUGUGGCAGAUGUUUGGUCCUGUGGAGUUAUCCUCUUUGUCCUACUGACUGGAUAUCUUCCUUUUGAUGAACUCCCAUAUAAGUCUGCCAAAUUAGUUUGGUUGAUUCUAGAAAAGAAGUAUGAUAUUGAGAAAGUUGGGACUAAAAAGUAUGUUGUUAGCCGCUACCUCAAGUAUCAAAUGACUAAUGAUAAAUCAAUAGAGUCUCAAUCCCAUGAGAUACAGAAAAUUGUUCAUGAUAGCAUAUUAGAGGGUAUGGUUUUGGAUGAGCAAUUUCAGGUUGCUGUCAUCAUAGACAAGAAUAGUGGGGGUACUUCAUCCAGUCAUCUUCCUGCUAUUAGUAGUGAAAAUCUUGUACAACCAGAAGAUAUAGAGCCUCAAAGAGGUAAAAGAGCAAGGAUUGCUAAGGAUUAUGGGCCCAAUUAUAUGGCCUAUACAUUAGAGGAGGAUCCAUCAAACCUCCAAGAAGCUUUGUCUUCUUUGGAUGCUGACUUGUGUACACCAUAUGAUCCAAAUGUAAAACUGUUUAAGAACACUGGUGAAGGUUUACCAGUUGACCUAGUAUGGAGCACUGGCACGCUAUUGAAAGGGUAA